GCCACUUUUCUUUUCCAAUGGCGGAAAUCUGUACCCGCUCUUCCUCCAAAUCAAUCCCUACCACCUGUCAAUCUAUCUCUCCCCAGUGUCUUCACUAGCUUCCAAAACCCCUCUUCACAUGUCUCUGUCUUUAGCGAAUAGAUUAACCAUUUUCGACCUCGCUGGUUACAGUGAGUCAUGGCACCAAACUACUCACGGGUUCAUAUUUGCUUCGUCUUUAUCUCUUUAUACACUUUCAACCUUUAUAAUAUAUAUAUAUAUAUACAUGUAGUCUAUUAAGGUUUUACAGAAGCUUCUCUGUACUUCUCCCAUGUCUGCUUCUUCCAUGGGGUCAAUCAGCAUUCUCGCCUUCCUCCUCCUUGCAGCUCUCGCUGAGCACAAGAUGGCUCAGUCUGAAAAGCGGCCGGAAUCCUCCCGGAUCACGGUGGUCGGCGUUGUCUAUUGCGAUACUUGCUCCAGCAACAGCUUUUCCAGACACAGUUACUUCUUGCCAGGCGCAGAAGUUAACAUUCGAUGCAAAUUCAAAGCUCAUUCCCCAAAAACGGCGGAGGAGAUAAACUUCUCGGUGAAUAGAACAACUGGUAAGAAUGGAGUAUACAAGAUGGAGAUACCAAAUGUUGAUGGGGUUAAUUGUUUGGAUGGUUUGGCAAUUGCAUCAUCGUGCCAGGCAAGCCUAAUCGGGAGUUCAAAUUCUGAAUGCAAUGUCUUUGGUUUGCAUACCACGACUGAAGAAAUAUCAAUCAAGUCGAAGCAAGACAAUUUAUGCAUUUACAACAUGAAUGCACUCAAUUUCAGACCAUCUAAGCGGAAUGCUACUUUGUGUGGCAACAAAAAGCGCCAGGAAAUGUUGGAGCCUGCAAUAUCAUCCUUAAACUCUCUAAAUGCUUUGGGCUCUUUCCCC